GAUUUCGGUUUGUGGGUGUGGCAAUUUUUUUUGCUUGAGCAACAAUCUCAAGAUGACUGUUCUUCUUUCUGCAAGCUUACAGAUCCUAGUAGCCUUGGCUAUACUCCAUUAUCCUACCCUCUCCGCCGCUAGACUAGAAACUAUAGAUGUAUACAAACCAAUAGCCAAGAUAUCUCCAGCUUUGAGCGGAGCAGAGAGCAGUCUAGCUUAUCCCACAAAUGACUCCUUCGGGUAUUCUGUUACUGUACAUCAGUUAUUUGAUGAUCCUGCUGGCCUCUCUGCAAAUGAGCUAUUAGAUCAAACGCUUAUAAUGGUUGGUGCUCCUACAGGUGCUUACCCAGGUGGUUUAAAUGUAUCUAUAAUGCAACCAGACAGAAGAGCAUGUGAAAGAGUAUAUUCAGCAGGAUCACUCAAUUCUCUGACAAAUGAGCAGAUACUUGAUUGUUUUCGUAACACUGCCACUGGAAUGAACAAUAAUAGAACUGGUCUAGUCUACCAGUGUCCAUUAUCCUCACCAUCGUGCUCCGCUGCACUUGGAUCAGGCGAACCAGACACUCCUGAUGGACUCCUCUUUGAUAGAAUUGGUAACAAUAGGAUUUCUUUGCCAAGGGUUAGUGAUGAUCCUGAUGAUGAACUGUCUUUACAGAAUAAGAAUGGACAGCAAAUGGGAGCUACAGUAUACAGUGAUAAUGGAUACUUUGUGGCAUGUGCACCUCUGUGGGAAUAUGUUGAUCUAUCUAGUCGUAACUCUCAGCCAAGAGGUCAUUGUGUAUACUCAAAUCGCUCUCUCUCUAAUUUUCUCAUACUUCAGCCGUGCGAUCACAGUGGUACAGGUACUAAUCAAAUUAACGAGGGCUACUGUGAGUCUGGAUUUUCAGUAGGCGUGUCCGAAACAUCCGCUUUACGACAAGAUACUCCCUCUGCACCAGGCCCCUUCAUGUUGACCGGAACUCCUGGACGGAGAUAUAGUAGUGGCGGUGUGUUUUUUUACAAUCAGUUGAAUCAAACUGGCAAUAGACCACGUUAUGGUGACAUACAAACACCAUUUAUUAAUGCUAGUAUAGGCAGUGGAGAUCAAGCAGACAGAAGUGCUUUUAAUACUGUGUAUGAUGACCAGUUUAGUUAUUAUGGGUUCUCCAUUGCUUCAGGGUUCUUAACAAGCCAAGUCUCAAAAGAUUUUUUGGUCUCUUCACCUCGUUACACUCAAUACACACAAAUUGGACGAGUAUACAUUGUUAAUAAUAUUGAUGUUAAGCCUACCCUGCAUAUAGAUGGAGAACAGUUUGGAGAAUAUUUUGGAUAUUCAGUUGCAGCUGUCGAUUUGAAUGCAGAUGGUUGGGAUGACGUACUAGUUGGUUCUCCUAUAUACAGCGAACCAUCUCAUCAUGAAGUGGGACGUGUCACUGCCUACGUUAAUAAUCAGAACUCUUCGUUCACAAAAGCUGGUGUCAUAGUUGGUCAGGAAAGUUCGGGAAGAUUUGGUAUUUCAAUAGCUUCACUUGGAGACUUAAAUAAUGAUGGAUACAAUGAUUUUGCAGUCUCAGCUCCAUAUGAAGGUAAUGGGUUUGUGUAUAUUUAUUAUGGUCAAGAGAUGGAUGAAUCUGGCUCUAUUGUUAACACUACUUAUCAACAACGUAUUAAUGGUUCAGCUGUUGCAUCUCAAGUAACUGAUAUCCCAUCAGUUAGUUCCUUUGGGUUCUCUCUCUCUGGUGGUACUGAUGUUGAUCAAAACGGGUACAGAGAUCUUGUUAUUGGAGCUUAUGAGUCUCAGAGUGUAUUUGUAUUGCGUACUAUACCAGUAGCUAUCACUAAUAUCAGUAUGACAUUUAAUACUGAACAAGUUAUGCUACAAGAUUAUGAUUGUGUAUAUCAAGGAAAUCCAGUGGCAUGCUUUGAUGUAGCAGUGUGUGCUAUGUACAGAGGUAAAGGGCUAUCAAAUGGAUUUAGAACUAAUUUUGUGCUAAGAGAAGUUACAGAGUCCAUUAGCAAUAGGCUCUUUUUUGAAGAUGGCUCAAGGAUGUACACAGGAGAGCUCACUUUAACUGGAGAAUACACUGAGACUUGUACUGAUGUCACAGUUCUUAUUGAGAACACAACUACCUAUUUGAAUUUUAAAAUUCGUGCUGAUGCUCAAGAGAUCCCUCGGGAUAAGACGACCGUUAGUACUAACAUUGAUAUCACUGAUUUCUCACAAUCUCCUGUUGUGGAUGCACAAGGAUACGAACUAGAGAUACCAGUAGUGCGAGAGUGUGGAGAAGAUGAUGUUUGUAAUCCUGACCUCAAGCUUAAUAUUAAAAACAUCACUUAUCUGGCUCGAGAUGGCAACACGUAUCCUACACUAACUGUGGGACCGGUUGAGCGAGUUGUCAUAUCAGCAGAGUUCUCUAAUGAUGGGGAAAACUCUUUCUACCCUUAUUUAACUUUCGAAUUAUCUAAGGAGUAUUUUCAGCAACCAAGAAUAACGCCAUUAUCUCUCUUCAUUACGUGCAAUGAUACCACUUCAGAUAAUAGCUCUUACGGACACUACGAAUGCCAGAAUAUAAAGACUCCACUCUCGUCCUCUGAUGGAGUCACUGUUAUCUCACUAGUGGUUCAAGUAAUAGAGGGCAGUCUUUAUGGUAAUGAAGGAGUCCUUAGGAUACCUAUUGGUAUCAGGAACCCAACCGACGUUGCAUACAGUGUUGAGAGACCUGAAGAUUUAGAUAACAAUGAUGCAGUGGCAAACUUAUCCAUAGUAGCCUCAUCAGAAUAUGCAGUGACUGUGUUUUAUUCAGGAGAAGAGAUAGAUUAUAAAGGAAACGGGUCUAAUUUUGACGGCAGAGAUGCAUCCACGCUCGGAGAGAGAGUCAUGAUUAAUGUUAAUUUCAAGAAUGAUGGACCAUCCCAGAUUAUCAGUGGACAAUUGAAUAUAUACAUACCAUCACGUGGACCCGAGACUGGGAGCUAUUAUUAUUACUAUCCAGCAGCAGUGAGCUCUUCUCACUUAGAGUGUGAUAAUUCUACACUCAAUCCUGAUGAUCUUGAUGUAUCUGAAGCUGAAACCAAUGCCCAGCAGCAGCAGUCACAGGAAGACUCAGGAAGGAGGAGAAGGAAAAGAAAUGUCUCAUUAUUUUAUCCAUCAUUUUCAUCUUCAUCAUCUUCAUCAAAAACGAAUAUUGUAAAAAGACAACAAACACAGGAGAAAUUAGAUUGCUCUGGCCAAUCCAAGACUGGCUGCAUUUUACUUUCUUGCAGUAUAACUUCAUUCCUUACCAGAACUGACACUAUAGUCAUCACUGGGUACAUUGAUGAAAGGUUCUUUAAUGGUAAAACAGGUACAUAUAACCUAACCGCUUAUGCUGUUGUUAACAUCACUGAUGGCAUAACUAACUCAGUCAAUGCUACUGAAGAAGGCUCUGAUACAUUGACGUUAUUAACUACAGGCACUAGCACAGAGUCUGGUGGCAUUCCCUGGUAUAUAUAUGUGGCUCCAGCAGUUGCAGCUGUACUUUUUGUAAUAAUAAUUGCAGUAAUUCUAUAUUUUUGUGGUUUCUUCCGUAGAAAGAAGAAGUCCAUGAAAGCUGAUGCUGUUGCUUCUGGUGAGGGAGAUAACGUUGAACAAUUUAUACCAGAUCCUUUUGGGGACUCUGCAAAAGCCAAAGAAGCAGCCAAAAAUUAAAAAAAAUUUUUUAUAAUUAUGUGAAAAUUAACAAUACAUGAUAUUAUAAUUUCAGCAAAAUUA